AUGGCGGCGGCGGGAGCGGAGGAGCGGGGGGCGCGGGGGGCGGCGGGGCCCGAGCGCAGCCCCGGCCCGCUGGGCUCGCUGCUCAGCCGGCUGCCGCUGGCGCCCGCCCCGGCCCCGCGGCGCCGCACCGCCAGCCAGUGCAAGCCGGAGCCGCCGCUGCUGCGCACCAGCAAGCGGACCAUCUACACGGCCGGGCGGCCGCCCUGGUACAGCGAGACCGGCGCGCCCGUGGACGAGGCCUUUGUCAUCGGCCUGUGCGGCGGCAGCGCCUCGGGCAAGACCACGGUGGCGACUCGGAUCAUCGAGGCGCUGGACGUGCCCUGGGUCGUGCUUCUCUCCAUGGACUCCUUCUACAAGGUGCUGGAUGAGGGGCAGCAGGCGCUGGCAGCCCGCAGCGACUACAACUUUGACCACCCCGAUGCCUUCGACUUCGAGCUGCUCAUCAGCGUCCUGCGCAAGCUGAAGAAGGGAAAGAGCGUGAAGGUGCCAGUGUAUGACUUCACCACGCACAGCCGGCGCCGUGAGUGGAAAACGGUGUACGGUGCCAAUGUCAUCGUGUUCGAAGGGAUCCUGGCCUUCGCCAACAAGGAGCUGCUCAAGCUCCUGGACAUGAAAGUGUUUGUGGACACGGACUCUGACAUCCGGCUGGUGCGGCGACUGCAGCGCGACAUCAUGGAGCGCGGGCGUGACGUCGCGGGGGUCAUCAAGCAGUACAACAAGUUUGUGAAGCCGGCCUUCGAGCAGUACAUCGAGCCCACCGUGCAGGUCGCUGACAUCGUGGUGCCCAGGGGUGGGGAAAACUUUGUGGCACUGGACCUCAUCGUGCAGCACGUGCACAGCCAGCUGGAGAAGCGUGAGAUCACAGUCAGGGCAGCCCUGGCCUCUGCCCACCAAGGGCAGCCACUGCCGAAGACACUGAGCGUCCUGGAGAGCACACCGCAGGUGCGGGGCAUGCACACCAUCAUCAGGAACAAGGACACAACCAGGGAUGAAUUCAUCUUCUACUCCAAGCGCCUGAUGCGGCUGCUGAUUGAACAUGCCCUGUCCUUCCUCCCACUUAAGUCGGUCACUGUGGAGACGCCCCAGGGCACAACAUACGAGGGGAAACGGUUCCACAGGCAGCGGAUCACCGGCGUGUCCAUCCUGCGAGCAGGAGAGACCAUGGAGCAAGCCCUGACUGCCGUCUGCAAGGACAUCCGCCUGGGCAAGAUCCUCAUCCAGACCAACCUGGACACAGGGGAGCCCGAGCUCCACUACCUGCGCCUGCCCAAGGAGAUCAGCGAGGACUACGUCAUCCUCAUGGACAGCACUGUAUCCACGGGGGCUGCGGCCAUGAUGGCCGUGCGUGUCCUGCUGGAUCACGACGUGCAGGAGGACAGGAUCUUCCUGCUGUCACUGCUGAUGGCAGAGAUGGGGGUGCACUCUGUGGCCUAUGCCUUUCCCCGUGUCCGCAUCAUCACCACCGCCGUGGACAAGCGGGUCAACGAGGAGUUCCACAUCAUCCCGGGCAUCGGUAACUUUGGGGACAGAUACUUCGGCACUGAUGGCCCCUCAGGCUGGUGUGAGAGUGACGGCGUGAACUGCUGAGCUGGUCAGCCACGGGGCCACUGGCCAGGCUGGCUGCAGGGCCGGCCCCUACCCCUGCCCCCUGUAGGGGCUCCAUCCUGCCAGCCUGUGCCCAUCUGGCUCUCAGGACCUGCAAAACAAGCGCCUCGCUGCUGGCCUCCCUCCACCCCAAAGGACCAAUCCUCCCCAGGGAGGAGGAAGAGGAGGAGGAGGGAGGGAUGACCUCUCAUGCAGCCCAGGGAGAGGGGGCAUUUCAGCACAUUCCUUGCUCUCUGAGCCCUGCCUCUGGGACUCUGGUCAGCCGUGCCUCCAGAGGGAGUGGUGGUCUCCCCACAGCUGUGCCUGAGGGGCUGCUUACCCUCUCCCCAGGGGAGUGGGGGGACAGGGCCUGGUCCCCACUGAGCACUGGGUGAGCUUCGUGCCUGGAAUCCGUAUUUAUUUGUAUUUAUUGUGGGCAGCCCCAGGCUCUCCAGCAGGACCCCCAACAUCAGGGACUGGGACCUCAUGGACCCACUCUCUCCCCGCCGAUCCACACUCCAUCCCUGCCAGUCCGCACUCCAUCCCCACCCUGCGGCCUCGGGAGUAGGGGGGGUUGGCAACCAGCUGCUCUCCCGGUGGAGUCCCAGCCCCGGGGCGCAGAGCAGAGACGCUGUCCUGGGGGCAGCGAGGCAUCCCCGGUGCUGCCCUUGUUGCUCAGGUUCUUCUUCCAAACGGCAGCGGCAGCCUCGCCCCACCCCGGCGGCAGCAGGAGGCUCCGGGGCCCUGGGGUCUGCCCGUGACCCCCAGCACGGUCCUGGGGCCCGGCCGUGCCGUUACCCCCCGCCUUCCUCCCUCCCGCUGCCCCAGCCGCCG